CAACGGCGACACGGUCCCACUGACACUCACAAUAGAAAAUAAAGCGUUUUCUUUUGGUUUAAAAAAGAAAUUUCGCAGGUAAAAGCGCAGUCUCGCGGCCAGAAAUAUGCAAACUCGACGACUCGUAGUGCCGUGCAACCAGAGUGCUUGAGAUUCGGACAAAUGCCGCGUGAUAUCAGUGCCCAUUGUGCGGUUUUGCCAGAGUAGUAUACAAUCCAACCCACGAAAAUUUUCACCCGUUCUCGGGGACGCAUGAAAAAUGGCGGCGUCCUCAGCUGCGAUUCCGACUUCAAUUCCAAUUCCGGCGGAGGCGAUAUCGGAGGAGUGCAAGGACGACGACGCCCUGACCUCCACGCUGCACACGUGCGCCAACGACCCGGACUUCGCGGUGAUCUGCGCCUUCCUGCAGAAAUUCGCCAAGGAUUUGGGCCUGAGCCUGCCGAGUUUCAAGCAGUUGCAGGAGUGGUUUACCAACAACAACGAAGUUCCCGAGCUAAAGGACUUGCAUAUAAAGCUGCUGCGAAAGACCCGUAAGACGGUUCAUGAGAAAAACUGGGAGUCGGCCCUUAGCAAAUUCUGCUUUGGCUAUUCGGUCCAAGACGCCUGGGAGGUCGAGCGUUUUGGUUACAAGAACUCCAGCCUGAAGGUCAAGCUACGAAUAUUUCGGGAACUCCUCGAAAGUCAGUUCGAGCGCAAUGCCAAGUUCCGGGCCCACAUCCUGACCUUGAAUGCGGACACCCUUCGCUCGGAGCCAAUUGGACGGGAUAGGUUGGGCCAUGCCUACUGGCUAACCCAAGAUGCCGACUGCAACCUGCGCAUCUACCAGGAGCAUCUGGACGAGGAAAUCUGGCAGGUGGUGGCCACGAACCGGGAAGAGUUCGUCAACCUCAUUGCCAGGCUGCGUGGAAAUGAGGUAGUGCUGCCUUCGAAAGACAUAGGCGAGGCCGACGAGGACACCAGCAGCAGCAACAGCUGUCCCGCCAAACCGCCGCCUCCGGAGGAAAAGGAAGAAGAAGAAGAUGAAGGGGAAGGAGGAGAUGGAGAAGGAGUGGGUGCUGGAGAAAGAGAGAAAGAUGAGGUAGAGCCCGUAAAAACGGUGCCCAAUCUGAAGAUUAAACUGCGUUCUCCCGAGCAGGAGGAGCAAAAGUCUAAGAGGGUAAAGCCACUGCUCAUCAGCCAGGCCAAGCUUGGAGGCAGCGCAUCACCGUGCUUAGCCAAAAAGCGUUCCAUCGACGACGUGGACAGCAGCCCCACAGCCUCCCAGGAGGAGCAGCAGAAGAAGCACCGGCCCACACUACUUGAUACCAAGCGCAUCAAAAAGCCCAGUCGCUAUGAGAGCACUAAAGACGAAAACGAUGGAGAGUCCGGUGAGGAGGAGGAGGAAGAAGAGGACGAGGAGGAUUCUGAACUGGACGAGGGAGAGGAGGAGGAGGACAUCGACAGUGCGGCGGCGGAUAUCGAAGAAGACGACGACGAAGAAGAAGUAGGCGAGGCGAUUGAGGAUCCAGCGAUAGAGGUGCGGGGCCAAGGAUCAGGCCGCGACUGUGAGGCUAUUCCCCCCACUUACAUGGGCGAUUAUCUGGAUAACUUCGAUUUCGGUCAUGAACUGGAGCUCAGUGAAGCCAUCUCGGAUCCAGUGCUCCUUGUGGUCGGUCAUGGAUGGGGAACUGAUUGUCUCGUGGGUAAUGGCAAAAACGAGGCUACCGUGGACGAGACGACUGUGGAUACAUCGGAGCCGAAGGCCACUUUUUUCUUUGGAGAACCGGGAUGCCUCAAGCUGAGUCCCAUGAAGCAAACACCAAAGCCAGAGGCCAGGCGUAGCAUUUUCGACAGCUUGGGCGAAGAGAAAACAAAUGGAGAGACCGAAAAGUGCGCGGAGGACGAUCCGCCACGAAAUGGUAGCGAACUCAAGGAGACUGAAGCGGGUGCUGAAGCCACAGCCUCUGUUGCUCCUAGUGAAGAGACUUACAAAAGCCAAGAAGCUAAAGAAAUAAAAAUCUCAGAAGAGCAAAUAAAAGAGAAUGAGUCCGAGCCAGUGGAUAAGUCGGAUUCGCAGGAAUUCAACAUAAAGUUGAUAGAAACGAAUGAUAAAAUCUCCAACGUACAUGAAGCAAUAAAAGAAGGAGUGACGAAUACGAAAGAAGAAUGUUCAGACACGAAAACUCAAUCAGAUAAAGACGAACAAUCCUUAUUAAGAGAUAAUGAUGUACGCCUAGUUGCAGAAACAAAAGAAAAUGCUAAGGACUGCAUAAACGAAGAAGGUAUUAAGGAAAAUGGUCCAGUUCAAAAAGAAAAUGAAUUUUCCAAAGAGGACAAACCGUCGAUAACUAAUCUGCAGAACUCUAAUACAGAUAUUGAUACGGCUACAAUAUGCAAUGACAAAAUAUCUAGUGAAGCAGAAACACCUAAACCUAGCCAAAAUGAAAUGAGAACAAAAACUGAACCGGAAACGACAAUAACAACAAGGGCUAAGGAAUCCACGUCAAGCUUAUCCACAGGUGAAGUGGAAAUAGAAACAGCUAAAAGCGAGAAUAAAUCGAAAUCUUUAAUUAAUCAUCCUGUAAGCCAAAUCGAUGUAUACGAAACAAAAGUUAAAAACGUUGAAAUUGUGCCAGAAACGAUUGCGAAUGACAAUAAACCCUCCGAUCUAAAUAAAGAACGGAUUAGAUCUAGUAAAGAUGCGACCUCAAUCUGUCUCGAGACUGUUCAAAAUACUAAUUCCUCACCCGCAGAAGAUACGAAAACGAAAAAAGUGCAAAACGAAAUGCCGAGUACUUCUAAUGCCCUGAUUCCCGAAGAAAAGUCGAAGGAGAACGAUAAGAAACCCAAGGCGGAUGGAGAGCCACUCCUAGUCGGGAAAACAAUUUCAGUACCUAAGCCUUCUAUGUUACUAAAUCGCAAGAGACGGCUUAACGAAUCUCAGCCCGCUCUUAGGAACUCGACCUCCGAAAGCGAAGUGCAGGAAGAGGAGCCGCAGGAUGAAGAUCUUACACUGGAUGAUCUGGAUGUGGGGGGAAAGCGAAUUAAGAUGAGACCGAAGACCACCAACGUGGAGGCUAGACGGAAGGUGGAGGCUCAAAAGACGCAAGUCGAGGAAACUACCUCCUCCAGCGGAGAGGAGGAUCCGCGCAGCCGGCGUAAGAUUAUACCUACAGUCAGUAAACAAAAACCUACUCUAGAAGAAAUUAUCGAAAAGAAGAUAAAGAAAACAAUGGAGAAGGAGUUGCCCGAGAACAAUUUGCUGAAGCAAUCGCCUGAAAAGGUUGCAGAGAAGGCUCUGCAAACGCCUGAAAAGGUCGCCGAGAAGGCUCUGCAACCGCCACAGCCAGUCACAGAAGCUUCACCUCCCACCAGCUCCUUCAGUCCGCCAAAGAAGUCGCCGGUAACCAAGCCACUAAAGAAGAAUCUUCUAACUCAACUGCGGCAGGAGGAAAGCGAAGAGGAAGCCAUUCCCAGAAAGCGAACGAACAGUGAGACCCUUUUGCCUGCCGUUGCAGUUCCCAAUCCUUCUCUUGUCCACCCGGAGGAACGUCAUCGCAAGCGUCGUAGCAGCGAAGAUGCCAAAGAGUCCUUUUCCAAAGAAUCCUCGCCCAGUGAACCACAGUCCUCCGCCGUCAGCGAGAAGGUAAAGCGCAACAACGAGCAGGACAUUGAGGAGGAGAAUGAGGAUCCCCUUGCAUUGCCAGUCCAGGAUUCGUCGCCUCCUGUGAAGGAGGAGGGGUCUCCACCGGAGGGAUCUGCCCGUCGUUCUGGUCGGCGAGGUGGUGCUGCUGUCGUUUACUCCGAGCUUCCUCAGCCCAAAAGGACUCGCGGUGGAGCCAGAGAAAAAAUCCAGGCAGAAGUGAAAGAGGAGGCAAAGCAGGAAUCCGAAGAUGACGAGGAAACUCCUAAAAUUUUAGGCAAACCUAAAUCGGAGAUCAAAGAGGACACAGUCAAGGAGAAACCAGGAAAAGAGGAAAAACAUGAGGAGGAUGUCGUCAAGGAGGAACCUAAAGAGGAGCCGAAGGCAAAGGUGGGCCGAGGACGUGGGCCGCGUAAAAAGCGUGAAGUGGACACCACCAAUAUCAUCGAGACCAACGACUCGGAGACACCGGUCCGCCAAUCUCGUCGCAUUGCCCAGCAAAAGAUCAAAGAGGAGGCGGAGCGUCGAAAGCAAGAAGAGGUGGCACUACGCACCAUGAAACAGGAGCUUAAGAAAAAGAAGAAGGCCGAGAAGGAGGCAGAUCCUACAGUGCUAGAGCCUUCUGGAGAGGAAUCAGAGUCAGAGGCCAGCGAGGCGGAGGAGGAGGCUCGCAGUAAAAAGAAAAAGAAGUGUCCUGGCAAGGAUGGCGCCUGGUCCUCAGACUCAGAAGAGCAGCCAGAAAGCGAGGAGGAAGAGGAGGAGCCCCCGCACUAUGAAACGGAUCCGGGCUCGCCGCUCUUCCGCUCCGACCACGAGUUUUCGCCGGAAUCCGAGCUGGAAGACGAGUCCCAGGUGGUGCCCAUGAAGCGGGCACGCACUGUGCGCAAGGAGAACGCCGAAGACCAAGAGGAGGAGGAUGCGGAGGAGGCUUGUCAGAAGUGCGGCAAGUCCGACCAUCCCGAGUGGAUCUUGCUCUGCGACUCACCCGCCUGCAACAAAGGCUACCACUGCUCCUGCCUCUCACCUGUGCUCUUUUACAUCCCCGAGGGCGACUGGCACUGCCCUCCCUGUCAGCAGGAGCAGCUCAUAGCAGCCCUGGAACGGCAGCUGCAUCAGUUCGACACAUUGGUGGCCCAGAAGCAACAGGAACGGAUCCUCGCUGAAGAGCAGGCGGAGCUGGAGCGACAGGAGCUGGAAGCAGCUACACUGGCGGCGAAGAACGAUAACACCAAGAAAGAAAAGGACGAGGACCAAGACGACAAGGAUGACGAGACGGUCGGCAAGGCGGAAAAGGUGAAGAGGCGCCGCGGAGAUGGGCGCAGUAACCGGCGCGCUGCCAAGCGAGGCACCAGACGCCGCCGUGGAAACGAGUCCGACUCCAGUAAUGGAAAGUCUCUGGGCAGUGGUUCCAGAUCCGGCUCUGGAUCGAGUUCCGGCUCGAGCAGCGACAACAGCAGCAGCUUCUCGGACUCGGACGAUGAACCCAUUUACAAGUUGCGCAAGCGACGGCAGAUCAAUGUGAGCUACCGGCUCAACGAGUAUGACGACCUUAUCAAUUCGGCCUUAAAAAAAGAGAUGGACGAGGUCGCCGGUGCAGGAAACCUGGGCCGGGGCAAGGACAUAUCUACAAUUAUAGAGGCGGACAAAGAGAAGACGCGACGCGAAGAUCUGCCGGGAGAGGAGGAUGUGCCUGAAAAGGAGGACAUAGAAAAGGAUAAACAAAAGGACAAAUCUAGCGGCAGUAGUUCGUCAUCGUCCGAGGACGAAAUACCACUCAAGCGCAGCAACAAGUUUAAGCAACCGCCUGCAAAGAAGAAGCCUCGUAAGCUAACGACCUUGGAUGUGAGCAGCGAGGAAGAUCAUGGCAGCGACGAGGACUUUAAAACGUCCAGCUACUCGGACGAGGACACCUCACAGUCUGGAUCCGGAGACUCCGACUCGAGCUUGGAGGUGUACAGGCGACCCGGUCGAGGGAAAAAGCAGAGGAAGGCUGCCAGGAGAGCGGCGCGUGAGAGGCGAAAGGAUCGCAAGUUUGUGGUAGAAGAGAGCGACGAAAGUGAAGAGGAGGAUCAGAAGCGAAGGACUGCAAAGACAAAGAAAAAGAAGAAAGAAGAUUCGGACUACACGGAAACCGAAACGGAAGACGACGACGAUAAUGAGUUGUCCGAAAACGUGGACAGUGCCGAUUUGUGCGACGACACCACUUCCGAAAGCGAUGAUGGCAACUGGAAUCCUUCAUCUAAGAAGAAGAAGGCGGCAGCCGCCAAGAAGUCGAGUUCUGCGGCUGGCAUCGCCAGGAAGUCUCCCAAACUAAAGAAGCCAGCCCCCCAGGCUGCGAAGAAGGUCAAGCGCCUGGAGUACUCCGACGACGACAUCAGCGAAAGCGAUCCGGAAGAGGAGGAGGAUGAAGAUGAUGAGGGUCAAGAAGGAACGAACAUGUCGGGAAAAGGAUCCGGCAAGCAGCCCCGUUCUCAGCCCCUCAAAUCCAGCGGAUCCGUGUCGCAAUCAGGCAAGGGAAAAGGAAAAGGCAAGGCCAAGAAGAAAAAGCCUGCCUCCUCCGAGGAAGAAGACGGCGCCGCCUCCGACGAUCGCACUCGCACCCGUGGACGUCGGUACGCUUACAUCGAGGACGACGACGACAGCUCUGAUGGCGGCAUCAAGCCAGGCGUCCAUCGGCCCGACACGCCGCCCGAGGAGCGUCAGAAGUUCAUCCAGCGGCAGGAGGAGAUCAAGCGUAUGCUGGCUGAGAAAAAUGCCGAAGGAGCCAAGCUGGCGGCCACGCCACGACUUACACCCAUCAAAUCGGGAGCCCCUGUGCCUGAGAAGCGCACACCUGGCAAGGCGGCCAGCGGUGAUUCGCUUUCCACGGUGCCGCUCUCAGUGAUUCGGCAGGCCAAGGUGCUGGACAUCGAUUACCUGCAGCGCAAGGGGGAGACUAUUGGCGAUCUGGACGAAGUAGACGAGUCGGAGCUGGACGACGCAGAGCUCCCCGACGACUUGCCCGAGGACAUGGAGGACGCAAUUGCACGCAUGGUGGAGGAAGAAGAGCAGUUCAGCGCAGCCGUGGCAGCCCGGGAGUUGCCUGGGGCAGAGGAGGUCCUGCGCACCACGCCCUCCAAGUCCCGCCAAUCUAGCAAGGUGUCGACCGAGGCUCCAGCUCCAUCAUCAGCUCCCAGUGCGUCUGGCUUGCAGGAGCCACAUCGCAAGCGACUCCCCAUGCCCACCAUGCAUCCGCCGCUUCUGCGACACCAGUUCCCGCUCUCUUCUGGCUCGGUGCAUCCCCCCGCAUCGCUGCUCCCUCCCCACCCACCGCAUGGUAUGCAUCCCAUGCUCCAGCGCCAUCUGUCGCAGACUGUCGCCUCACCACAGGCCAUGCACCUGCUGCAAAACGCCCUCUCCGCUCCUCUUGGCCAGCCACUGGGACACCCCAAUUAUGCGACAGGACCCGGAUCUGCCCAGCACCUACCUCUGGUCAUGUCCAUGCCGCCGGCUGCGGCAGCUGCACAUCGUAUGCAAUCGGCGGCUGCCUCGGCUGCAGUCCGUCCACCCGAGACAGCGGCGGGGAAUCUGGCGGCCGAUUCCAAGCCAAGGGGCAGGCGGAAAAAGGUAACACCCCUCAGAGAUCAGUUGCAGAAGCAACAGACGGCGGCGGCUGUUACGGCGGCUACUUCCUCAACAGCUCCGGGCCCAAACCCUUCGGAAAAGGUCAAGGGGCAGCCGCUCUUUAAGCCGCACGAGGAUGCCGUCGCCAGCGCUCCCACUCCGCAAGCAUCUGUGAUCACGCGGAUCCCGGCGCACCUGCCCCUGCCUCAUGGACGAGGUCAUGGACCGCUCGGCGUCAUGUAUCCCAGCAGUGCGGAACUGGCCCGAUUCUACGGCCAAGUAGCUAGCCAGCAGCCUGGUCCCGCGAUCACUGGUUCCCGUUCCCCCUCGUCGUCAUCAGGACCUCCUAGACACCUCUUGCGACCGCAGUUGCCUCCCGGUCUGCCACCGCCCCACGCAUCCUUGCGACCCACUUAUGGACCGCCGCCGCCACUACGGGGAUCUGGCCCGCCCACAUCCACGGCAAGCGGUGGCGCGAACAACUCAAGGCCGCCUUACCUCCAUGGGGCGGAGCAUCACGGCGGACCCACUGGCCCGCCCAUGGGAGCAGUUUUUGGUUCCGGACCGCCACCAGCGAGGCACGCGUCGCCUCAUUUGAACCCCUACAGAGCCCCACCCAUGUAUGGCAAUCCCAACUUCUCGCCUCGUGUCGGGGGACCUCCAGGAUCUGGAAGUAUGCGACCAGGAGCCGUUGACUUUGCGCCCGGACCACGUGGAUAUCCCCCAUACGGCUACUAUCCUCCUCCUCCGCCGCUGACCACACCUUCUGCCCAUACAGCACCUAGUUCGGUUAUCGUAAGUGCUCCGCCAACAGUGACGCCAACGAAUCAUUCGGUCUCCGCUCUGACGCAUGGAAAGAAUUUGGUUCCAGUACCGCCGACGCAGUCUGUGGGACCACCACCCGCCGCAGCCCCUCCACCAGCAAUCCCCGGCGAAGCCCUCAGCCACAAGCCACCAGUGGCCUCUGUGAUAACCAGCAAAAAGCUGACGACUUUGGAGGCGUACCCUACACGAAAAUCUCCUAUUGUUGUUGUGGGUGAGGUACCAGGUCCGGCCGAAUCCACGAAUUCCCCGGCUCCCAUUGCCGAGGAUGACUCGGGAUCAGCUCAUGAAACAAGAGCACCGCCGUCUGCAACGGGAGCAGCUGUUGUGGGCGAGUUCAGUGGUUUGGUAAGCUACUUUAGCUCGCAACAAGAUGAUUAUGACACAUAACAAACGCCGCCGGGCGCAUAAGGAAAAUUUGUAUAUAUAGCUUAUUGUCAUAUGUAAGAUGGCUGCAAUCGAUUUGUAGAGUUAAAAAAGGAAGUACGUUUUAGAAGUAAACAGCAAUAAUUUAUCCCUAAAGGCUUUGUGUUUAAGUCAAUCUAGACCUUUAUUACAAAAUCCUCCAAUGAUGUUGGAAACCUGAAAUAAACUCUGUAAAAAGUUGUCCAAAGAUACUUUUGUUUGUCGCGAUGGCGAUCACUAUAUAUUUUAUAUAAAUUAAUUACAAAAUUUUGAAUUUGUAUGUUCGUUUAGAUUGGGCUAUCACUUCCAACCUAUUAACAUUUAAUUCAGUUCCCGUUCUGUGCUCUUUUAGUUUAGCUAAAGCAAACAUCAACUACGCCUAGUAUUUUAAAUUUAGCUGUAUAUUUUCCGAGCUCUAACAAAGUAAGCAAGAGUUAAAUAUGAUACAUACCAUUAAAAUUAUAUGAAUAUUAAAGAAACUAAUGAUUAUAAAAGAAUAUAGUCAAUAAAUAUACAUUAACUCAGUGGGAAUGCUUAUUUGCAUUGACAUGUACACAAAUUAUAGUUUGAGUUAAUUACAUAACUAAGCAAUUGAAACGAUAAUGCAGUGCAUAAUUCAAAAAUUAACCUUACGUAACCAUUAUAACAUAACACAAAUGGAAUAUUAAAAUCAAAGAUGGACAAAAACUGAAUGUUCAUAAUAAAACUAUUUAUCAUUAGUUGAAAA